CGGGAGUGGGGAGCGGAAGCGGCGGCGGGCGGCGCUGGGACCCGGGAGCGGCCGGAGAACAAGGGAGCUGGCGCCCCGGCCGGCGGCUGAGCGGGGCUGAGCAGCGGGCCGCGCCGAGCGCCGCCGGAGAGAGAGAGAGAGAGAGAGAGAGAGAGAGAGGCCCGGCCCCGCUGCCCGAGCAGGCCGCGCGCCGCGGGGCCGAGGCCGGAGCCAUGGGCGAGACCAAGAUCAUCUACCACCUGGACGGGCAGGAGACGCCGUACCUGGUGAAACUGCCCCUGCCCGCCGAGCGCGUCACCUUGGCGGACUUUAAGGGCGUUCUGCAGAGGCCCAGCUAUAAGUUCUUCUUCAAGUCUAUGGACGACGAUUUUGGAGUGGUGAAGGAGGAGAUCUCGGAUGACAAUGCCAAGCUACCCUGUUUCAACGGCCGCGUGGUGUCCUGGCUGGUAUCUGCUGAGGGCUCUCACCCAGAGCCAGCCCCCUUCUGUGCUGACAACCCGGCAGAGCUGCCACCUUCAAUAGAGCGCACAGGAGGCAUUGGGGAUUCUCGACCCCCAUCCUUUCACCCUCAUGCCAGUGGAGGCAGCCAGGAGAACCUGGACAACGACACGGAGACCGACUCCUUGGUGUCUGCCCAACGGGAGCGGCCCCGACGGAGGGAUGGCCCAGAACACGCAGCCAGGCUCAAUGGAACUGCAAAGGGGGAGCGGCGGCGGGAGCCUGGUGGCUAUGACAGUUCAUCCACCCUUAUGAGCAGUGAGCUGGAGACUACCAGCUUCUUUGACUCCGAUGAGGAUGACUCCACCAGCAGGUUCAGCAGCUCCACAGAACAGAGCAGUGCCUCGCGCCUGAUGAGGAGACACAAGCGGCGGCGGCGGAAGCAGAAGGUCUCCCGGAUUGAGCGGUCCUCGUCCUUCAGCAGUAUCACAGACUCCACCAUGUCCCUCAAUAUCAUCACAGUCACUCUCAACAUGGAAAAGUAUAACUUCUUGGGCAUAUCCAUUGUGGGCCAAAGCAACGAGCGAGGUGAUGGAGGCAUCUACAUUGGCUCCAUCAUGAAAGGUGGGGCUGUGGCGGCCGAUGGACGCAUUGAGCCAGGAGAUAUGCUGUUACAGGUAAAUGAGAUCAACUUUGAGAACAUGAGCAAUGACGAUGCAGUCCGAGUACUCCGGGAGAUCGUACACAAACCAGGGCCCAUCACUCUGACUGUAGCCAAGUGCUGGGACCCAAGUCCACGUGGCUGUUUCACAUUACCCCGGAGUGAGCCCAUCCGGCCCAUUGACCCUGCAGCCUGGGUCUCUCACACUGCAGCCAUGACAGGCACCUUCCCUGCCUACGGCAUGAGCCCUUCCCUGAGCACCAUCACCUCCACCAGCUCCUCUAUCACCAGCUCCAUCCCUGACACAGAACGCCUAGAUGACUUCCACCUCUCAAUCCACAGUGACAUGGCAGCAAUCGUAAAAGCCAUGGCCUCGCCUGAAUCAGGGUUGGAGGUUCGAGACCGCAUGUGGCUCAAGAUUACCAUUCCCAAUGCUUUCAUUGGCUCAGAUGUGGUGGACUGGCUGUACCACAAUGUGGAAGGAUUCACAGACCGGCGGGAGGCCCGCAAGUAUGCCAGCAACCUGCUGAAAGCCGGUUUCAUCCGACAUACCGUCAACAAAAUCACAUUCUCCGAGCAGUGCUACUACAUCUUUGGUGACCUCUGUGGCAAUAUGGCCAACCUGUCACUUCACGACCAUGAUGGCUCCAGCGGUGCCUCUGACCAGGAUACACUAGCUCCUUUGCCGCACCCAGGCGCUGCUCCUUGGCCUAUGGCUUUCCCUUACCAGUACCCACCACCUCCGCAUCCCUACAAUCCACACCCAGGCUUCCCAGAACUAGGGUACAGCUAUGGCGGGGGCAGCGCCAGCAGUCAGCACAGUGAAGGCAGUCGAAGCAGUGGCUCCAACCGAAGUGGCAGCGACCGGCGCAAGGAGAAGGACCCAAAAGCUGGGGACUCCAAAUCAGGUGGUAGUGGCAGUGAAUCAGACCACACUACACGCAGCAGUCUGCGAGGGCCUCGGGAGCGGGCACCAAGUGAGCGCUCAGGCCCAGCGGCCAGUGAGCACAGCCAUCGCAGCCACCACUCGCUGACCAGCAGCCUGCGCAGCCACCACACGCACCCCAGCUAUGGCCCGCCCGGAGUGCCUCCUCUUUACGGUCCCCCGAUGCUUAUGAUGACCCCGCCGCCUGCAGCCAUGGGGCCCCCAGGAGCGCCUCCAGGCCGUGACCUGGCCUCGGUGCCCCCGGAACUGACAGCCAGCAGACAGUCCUUCCGCAUGGCAAUGGGAAACCCCAGUGAGUUCUUUGUGGAUGUGAUGUGAUCAGGGCCCCUCUCCGCUCCCACCCCCGAGCCGGCUGCAUCCCUUUCUCCAUAAGUCGGUCUCUUUUUACUUUGGUACCUAAAAGGGAAAUAAAUGGAACUAACUGCUACUGCUUGCUGGUAGCAGCAAGGAUGAGGAGUCUCUACUCAUCCAUGCUCCAGCCCCUAACCUGCCUCUGGCCCAGCUGGUGCCUCUGCCCACUAACCAGCACCCAUUCCACCCAGUUCGGGCUUCCCAAGACUUUUUAUGUCCCUGGCUCUGCAUUGCUUUUCUUUCUUCCCGAUGCUCCACUCUCACAUAGGAGCUGAGCCCAGUGGUGUCACACCCUUAUGGCCACCUUUGCUCCCUGCCCCCUCCCCAGAACCCUUUUCCCCCCUCCUCAAGCAUGUGUGCAGAGAUCUUGAUUUCACCCCACCACUGACACCAAAAGAAAACGGCCUUUCCCUUCCCGCCCCGCCCACUGCUCCGCCCUCUGCUUCAGUCCUUCACCCUCCAGCUGCAGCCACCUCCAGUAGGCGUCCAUGCCGGCUGCCCCUGCUUGAACCCAGCCCCAAUCAGAAGCCCUGAGAGCCCCCCUCAGAUGCCAGGGCCACUGGUGGCUUCCAGGGACUAUCUCUGCUGGGCCUGGACCCCCAUCCAUGCCUUCCCUGUGUGCUAGUUCCCUCGGAUCUAACCCUACUAACCAACAGGCUCAUCGAAUUUCUGGGCCUGAAACAUUUUUUCUUCUUUUUCUUCCUUCAAAUUUCCCUGGGCCUGGAGCAGCUAAGAAUUUCGGGCUGUUUGACUUUCUGUGAGCCCCCAAGAAAGGGAGGCCCAGCCUCCAAGGAGACCGGGAACUCUGCUUCAGUACCCCCAAGGAUGUCCAGCCCUCACACCCACACUGCAAGGUCACUAGGCUUCUGGGAAGGACCUCAGCUUCACCCAGCACAACACCUCUGUUCUUUCCAGAGGGAAGUAGAGAUAUUUUCUCCCCACCCCUCACACUAACACACACACACACACGUGUGCCUAUGCAAGUUUACAUAAGCCUCAGGGCUGGUCCCUGCCCAGAGGGCUGGACCCUUCUCCAAGUCAUCUCCUAGAUAGUGGGGCUGGUCCCUAACUGCCCUCUCCCCUUUCUGCUUGCCCUCAAGGCUCCCGCACAUGUUCCUGAGAACUUGGUACUUGGUUAAAGCCCAAAAACUAGGGCUCAACAGGUAACAAACAGGUCUUCUCUACUUCCCUCCUGCCCCUGAAUCCCUUACAGCCUGCCCUGUCUCAUCUUCACCAUGAUAUCUGAAAGCAGAGCCGGGAAACACAGGCCAGUUGAAGUUAUACAAGAGGACUACUGGAACUUCCAGACAGUUCCAGUUAUUUUUUAAAAUUGUUUUCCACCUUAAGUCACAAUUUUCUCUUUAAAACUCUGUUGACUUACCCAGAUUCGUAUUUUCAGGGCAAAGGUGUCAGAGCUGGGGAUGUAGCUCUGUAGUAGAGUGCUUGCCUAGCAUGUCCUGGGUUCAGUCCCCCAAAAAUGCCUCCCUCCAUCAGAUGUCCUUAGCCUAUGUUUGGGGGCAAACUGAGGUGGGGAUAUUUUGACAUUCAUUUAACAAAUAUUUCCGAGGAUUUUAGUGAACAAAGGGCUAUGUUAGAAGCAUAACUCAGUCUUAGCUGUCUUCAGUCCCCUCUGACUCUGCCAUGUCCUGUUCUCAUGAGAACCCUCCACGGCGCUCCUGCAUUGGAUACCAGUGUUUCCAUUAUCCCAUCUUUGGCUCACUUCUCUUUCUUUCCAAAACCAUCUCAUCCAUUCUCUUUCCAAUUGCUGUUGAUAUGCUGGCCAUUUCUAAAUAUGUAUUCCCAGCCCCAGCUUCCCCCACUCUUCAGAUCUCUUUAUUACUCACUGGGCAUCUCCAUAGGCAUGUCCAUAUGUCCCUAGCCAAGUAUUAUUCCUCUUGAAUUCCUGUCCUGGUGACCUUCAUCACAGUCUACUGAGGCCUACCAGCCAGAUACAUUUAUAGGCUUCAUUCCUUCUUCCUACAUGGCAUUAGUCAGCAUAUCACACCCUUCCACUCUGACACUCUUUCUCAAGUUCCUUUCCUCCUUAAUUUACAGAGCAUGGGAUUUGGAGUCAGGUUGGUUUGGGCUUGAAUUCCAGCUCUACCAUUUUCGGUUGUGUAAUAGUUAUUUAACCUCUCUGGAGCCUCAGUCCUCCUGUAUGUAAAAUGACGAAAAUAAUACCUACCUCACAGGGUUGUUGUGAGGAUUUAAAUUAGAUAUUGUACGAAAAGUGCCUAGCACAGUACCUGGCACACAAUAGAGUAGGUGCUCAAUAAAUGGUAGCUAUUAUUAUUA